AUGGCUGGGCAGGCUGCUACUCCCCGCAUUGUAUCAGCAGAACUCCUCUUCUAUUCUCCUCCCAAGGAUGGGUCUACACCUUACACCUUGAUCAACGCCGACGAAGCUGGAAGGCGCGGAAACUGGAUUCCGGAUAGUCACAGCGUCAAGAUACACGACCUCCGGGGUCAGGAGAACUCAGUUACUCUCGACAGCGCGGGUUUUCAGUUCUUCAAGGGCGCCCCGACCCACACCUCCUUUAGCAGUGAGACGGAGAUAAAAGAGCAUUAUUACCCUGAGAGUAUCUCUCUGGUGAAGCAUCUUACGAGUGCAAAACGUGUUGUGCCGUUCGAUCACACUAUCCGUCGCCGCCGGCCUGGGGAACGCGACGACUCGCCAUCGAAGCGCCAGCCGGUGCCGCAGGUCCACGUCGAUCAGACACCACAAUCAGCUACCGCGCGCGUCCACCGCCACCUCCCUCCGGCGGAUGCACCUGCCCUCCUCCAGGGGCGAUUUCAGAUCAUCAAUCUCUGGCGCCCAUUCGGACAUCCGGCAUUCGACUGGCCGCUCGCUUUGUGCGACUGGCGGACUGUGGACAGACAGGGUGACGUCGUUCCCAUCACACUGUGCUACCCGGACAACCAGAACGGGGAGACGUUUGGGGUGAAAUACUCACCGGCACAGAGAUGGGGCUACCUGCGUGGCAUGAAGCCGGACGAAUUUGUGCUCAUCAAGUGCUUUGAUUCACAGGACGAUGGAGAGACCGCAAUAUUCACUCCUCACACGGCAUUCAAUGAUCCCACCACCCCCAAAGACGCUCUGUACAGGGAGUCCAUUGAGCUGAGGUUACUUGUAUUCUACUAA